AUGAAUAAGAGAAUGUUGCCAAAUGGCGAAAACGAUAAUGAUAAUAAAUCGGGAAUUAAGCAAUAUAUGACGAGUCCCGAAGAUCAAUUAGAAAAUGCGAAUUUGGAAAAUGAAAAUUUGAAAAAUGGAAAUAAUAGUUAUAAUUUAAAUAAUCCAGAAAAUGAAACAAAAGAAGAAAACUCUAUUGAAGCAAACAACUCUGGUAUUCCUAAUAACAUGAAUUGUGAUAAAAACGAUAAUUCAAAUAAUCAUAAUAAUUAUACAGGUCUUCUUAACAUUGAAUCGGGUAGUAAUGCCAAUGCAAAUUUGGGCCAAAAUAAUGACCAAAAUAGUGGCCAAAAUAAUGACCAAAAUAGUGGCCAAAAUAAUGGCCAAAAUAAUGGCCAAACUAAUGACCAAAAUAAUGACCAAAAUAAUGACCAAAAUAAUGGGGAACAUCAUGUAAAUAGUUUAAUUGGAAAACAUGGAAUUGAUGAUAAUCAAAAUAAAUGUUCAUAUUAUACAAAUGAAGGAAAGAAAAGGAAAGGUAGUAGAUAUACUAUGCCAUUUUUAAAAAAAGAAAAAAAUAAUGUUAACAAUGUACUUAUUUUAAAAAAUAUUCCUUCUGAUAUUAGUGAAGAAGAUAUCAAAUCUCUUAUAAGACCAUUUAUAAAUGGUAAAAUUCCGGAAAUAAUAUUUAAUGAUGAAGGUGUAAUAAUAAAAUUAUAUGAUGAUGAUUUACAAGAAAAUAUUUUUAACUAUUUCAAAGAGCAUCCAACUCAAAUAAAAGGGUCGUUUUUUGAAAUAAAAUUAACAAAAAUUAAUGAGGAUAUAUCAACUAAAGGAAUUUUAGAAGAUCAUAAAAAUGGUGAUGUGAAUGUGAAUGCAAGUAGUGGAAAUGCAAGUAGUGGCAUUACAAGUAGUGGCAUUGCAAGUAGUGGAAAUGCAAGUGGUGGCAUUGGCAAUAACAGUUUUUACGAUAUGCGUGGAGCAAAUGAAUCUUUGGAUAGAGAAAAUUUAAAAGAUAAAAUAAAUGAUAAUGAUAAGAAAAAUAAUAAAUAUAAUAAAAAUGAAUGUUCAAAAGUAAUUUUAGUAUCUGUUGUAAAUAUGCAAUAUCCUGUUGAUAUAGAAUUAAUAUAUUAUUUAUUUAGUAAAUGUGGAAUAGUUGAAAAAAUUAUUACUAUAUCAAAAAAAACAUCGAUAUUUCAAGCUUUAGUACAACUUGAAUCAAUUGAAGUAGCUAAAGAAGCAAUAAAAACUUUGCAUAAUAGAAAUAUAUAUGAUGGAUGUAACACUUUGCAAAUUCAAUAUUCAUUUUUAAAAGAACUUAUAAUUAAAAAUAAUAAUUCACAAGCAUGGGAUUAUACUAUAUCAAAUCCUCAAAAAAAUAAAAAUAAUUUUUCUUUUCAAAUGUCUCAUGGUGUUUUACCAACUCCACCAAGAAAUAUUAAAGAAACUGAAUUGUAUAAAUUGUUAGGAAGAAAAUUUAAAAUUGUCGAUUUUGAAACAAAAAAUGCAUCAAAAACGCCUGUCCUAAUUUGUUAUAAUAUUCCAAAAGAAUAUAGUGACGUAAAUAAACUAUUUAACUUAUUUAGUAUAUAUGGAUAUGUAUCACGAAUUAAAAUAUUGCGUGAAAAACCAGAUUCAGCUCUUAUUCAAUAUUCAAAUUAUUUAUUUUCUUCAAUGGCUCAAGAGUGUUUACAACAUGCAAAGAUUUGCCAAAACAUUUUGGAAUUACAUUUUUCUAAAAUAUAUGAUAUAAAAAUUUCUUAUCAGGACAAAAGCAGAGAUUCUUAUAAAGCUAAAUUUUUUAGUAAUCAUGAUCAGCGAUAUGGGAUAUCUGACCAAUUGAAAUAUGUUAAGGGAGCAUGCAGGCCAACAAAAACUUUAUUUAUAUCGAAUGUCAGUGAAGAAGUAACAGAAGAAUGUAUAAUAGCUUUGUUCAAUAAAUACGAUGAAAUCAACAAGUUUAAAUCUCAGCCUAUAAAAGAGGGAAAAAAAAACUUUACGGCAACUAUUGAAAUGAGUUCAGAGGAUACGGCAACAAAAGCUUUAAUGGAUCUUCACAAUUUCCAACUGAAAGAUCGAUGUAUGAAAGUUUCAUUUACAAAAACUAAAUUGCCAUGA